GUGCUGUCGUGAGCUUUAAGAAAACUGAAAUUUGAUCGUUGUCCCCAAAAGGAGGAGAUACUGGGGAAGCGCCCGAUCCUCGUCCCUGGCACCGAAGGGCAGACGGACGCGGGGCUCUGCCCAGGGCUGUGCUGCGGGGAAAUCUCCCUCCGGCCACUGACGAGGGUCGCUGGAUCCCGGGGACUUCCCACGCCAUUCAUCCCCCCUCCGUCCGGCGGUGGGCUGUCCCCUCCGCUGCGCCUGGGAACCGGGGCGGCAGCCGCCGCCGUGCGGCACAGCGGGGCCGUCCGAGCCGCUGCUGCGCCGCCCCAGCGCUCCGGGCGGGCACCGCGGCUCUCCCCCCGCCGCCUUCCCCCGCUCCGCGCCCGGGCCGGUCCCCUCCUCGGGCCGGGAGGAGCCGCGGCGAGGGCGGCCCCGAGCAGCCGUCGCGGUGAGUAGCUCCGAGGCAACCCGCGGGGGAAACUGAGGCAGGCGGCGGACAGAGAUGCUCCCGCCGGCGGCCGCCCUCCCAGCCCCGGACGGCGCCGGCUGCCAGCGGUCCCGCCGCCCCCUCGGGGGGCGUCCCGCCGGCGGGAGCGGCCGGAGGGGCCCCGGGGAGCGCCCCCGAUGGGGAGCGCGGUGGCGGGGGGCGGCCCGCGGGCACUGCGGGCCCUCACCGGGUGCCUGCUGGGCGCCCUGGUGCUGAGCACGCUGGUGGGCAACGCGCUGGUGUGCCUGGCCGUCCUGCGCUUCCGACACCUGCGCGCCAAGGUCACCAACUGGUUCGUGCUGUCGCUGGCCGUCUCGGACCUCUGCGUGGCCCUCCUGGUGAUGCCCUGGAAAGCGGUCACUGAGGUGGCCGGUGGCUCCUGGCUCUUUGGCAGCCGCUUUUGUGACACCUGGGUGGCCUUCGACAUCAUGUGCUCCACCGCUUCCAUCCUCCACCUCUGCAUCAUCAGCCUGGACCGGUAUUGGGCCAUCGCCAGCCCCUUUCGCUACGAGCGUAGGAUGACACAACGCCUUGCCUGCACCAUGAUAGCUGUGGCCUGGGCCCUCUCCAUCCUCAUCUCCUUUGUCCCAGUGCAGCUACACUGGCACAAAGCCAAGGAUGUGAGAUAUCCAAGCUCCUGGCUGCCUGGGACACCCCGCUGUGAUGUCAGCCUGAACCGCACCUACGCCAUCACCUCCUCCCUUAUCAGCUUCUACAUCCCUGUGGCCAUCAUGAUCAUCACCUAUACCAGGAUCUACCGAAUUGCCCAGGCCCAGAUCCGCCGCAUCUCCACCCUUGAGCGAGCAGGGGGGCAGUGGCCAGCUCAUGGCAAGGAGCCCACCUCCUCUUUGCGGAGUUCCCUGCGCAAGGAGACCAAGGUGCUGCAGACCCUCUCUAUCAUAAUGGGAGUCUUCGUUUGCUGCUGGCUGCCCUUCUUCCUGCUCAACUGCCUGCUGCCUUUCUGCCGGGAGAGUGACCAUGAAGGACAGUCACCCUGCAUUGGCCAAACCACCUUCAACAUCUUUGUGUGGUUUGGCUGGGCCAACUCUUCGGUGAAUCCAGUGAUCUACGCUUUCAACGCAGACUUCAGGCGGGCUUUCAGCAACCUGCUGGGCUGCCGGUGCUUCUGCUGUGGCACACCCAGAUCCACUGUGGAGAGGGUCAACUUCAGCAAUGAGCUGGUUUCCUAUCACCAUGACACCACCUGCCAGAAGGAAGGAGCUGCCUCAUCGUCAGUGCCCCCUCCUGCCAUCACUGCCUGGGUGCAGCCCGUACCCCAUGCCAUAAGCCUUCAGGGCGAGGACAGCAGUGAGGAGAUGUCUAUGGAGAAGAGGCCUGUGGCUUCUCAGACACAGGCUUCCCCCGGCAUCAGCCCCAAGAGUCGUCAGGUACCAGCCAUUUUGCAAUUUGAUUGCGAGGCAGAGCUCUCCCUGGAAACUAUUACCCCCUGUACGGGGCUUGGUCGGUGCGAGGGACCCCAUCACCCCAUUCCAGAGGGAUAAGUGCUUGUGCAGUUCUCACACACAGCCAUCCCAUGGGGAAAGGUCACUCUGCCCGCACAUGGGAUACAUCUGUCUCCCAGCAAACAAAGUCCCAUCCCAGAGGGAUGGGGACCUGCUGCUCUUACCCCAGAGGGGUGACGGGUGUAUGAAGUCCACCCCAAAAGCAUAUAGCAACCACAUACUAACUGCUUCCCACGGACACCUUUGCCCCUUACUCUCUUUCACAGUCAGUAGACAUUUCCCAUGCGUUUGUUCACCCCCAAGCUUCAAUCAAACCUGCGACAUUUAUUGAGAAUAGUGAGAUAAUUAGAUCAAAAUAAAAACAACUCAUAGUUUGAGACUCUAUAAUAGAUAAAUAAUAUGUAUAUAAAUUAAUCUUAGAUUUAGCUUCAUUGCUAAAACCCAUGUUUUCCCCCUCUCAUGUUUUCACAUCAUACCUGUGCAUAGUUCUGGUCUUAAAGGUUUGUGUUUAUUUCUGUGUUUAUUUCAAAGCUGCCUGUCUGGAUUUACACAUCUGAAUCUGUGUUUAGGCUCUUAAAUAAAAAUUGCUGUGUUAAAACAUCGCUAUCUCAUGUUGAGUCAAAAGACUGCCCAAAACCUUGGAAAAAUAAGUUGCUUUUAUGUCGGACCCCAGACACAGGUUCAGGUGCCAAACUUUGGUAUCCAGGCUUAAUGAUACUGAGCUAGGAUCUUCCUCACCCUCAAAUGUUGGAAAAUGUAGGAUUGUAUUAGGCUGAAGUUACAGCUGGAUGGUGUUUGAGAACUAACACUCCAACUCCAGAGUGAGUUAAGAGCUGCUAUCGGCUGAGGCAGCUGCAAUCCUUCUUUCUCCUACUAGUUCAGGCAGCUGAUCCUUCCAGAAAGCAAACUGGUCCACAAAAUAAAAAGUCACCAGGUCAUCUCUCUGAACCCAUUUCGCUACUUGUAGAAUGAACAGCAGCAAAAUGCAGAGCAAAUGGGUGCGGGAAGGCUUGCAGGAGAUAAAAUUCUGGGGGAACUUGACAAUCAUUUCUGUAUGCGUAAAAGGGUUCAGCAGACAAUAAGGGAAUACAGCAGCACCACAACUGUCCACCACUUAGGAGUUCUACUGCUGACCGUUUAAUACUGUGCUCCACUAACCACCAUCAUUACCCCAUUUUUCCGUCCUUCACCUCUGAUUGAGUUGAUUGACCUUGAUUCAUCUAAGGAAGACGAUGAAGAUGCAACUGUCCAGAAAGAGACAUCAAGAAUGCUUACGCUUCAGGAGUUUUCUUGGACAUUUGGUCUUAUAGAUGGCACAGCUGAUACCUUUCAGAACAGUGAUCCAUGCUGAAAAGCCAGCUGCUGGAAGAGCCAGACUCUCCUCCCAGUGAUCCUGCUCCCUGUGAAUUUAGGUCGUGUGUAGUUAAGUCCCUAUAUGCAUUUCCCUCCACCACAGUAAUUCUUGUAAGAAACACUGCUUUUGCUAUCCUGCUCUUUUCAGGAAUGUGUCCUUCAUGAAUAGCCGUGUGUGACUGUAAUCUGUUCUUCAUGGCCAAGACUGGCAGGACAAGGCGUAAUGGGCUUAACUGUAAGAAAGACCAAGGUGAGACUUUGGAAAGACUUCCUAAGAAUAAGGAUAAUUAAGCACUGGAGCAGAUUGCCUAGGGAGGUUAUGACAUCUCUCUCAGUAAAAGUCUUUAAGAUGAUAUUGCUAAACAUCUGUCAGAGAGGACAUUGGCAGCGUUAAUCCUGUCUUGGGGCAGAGGCACAGUGUAAUGGUGUCUUGGGAUCUUUUCUAGUCCUGCUUCACUAUGACAACACAACUCCUUAAGCACUGAGCUUAAGAUGUUUGAUUUUAUUUUUUUUUUUAAUGCAAUGAUCCUUAGCUAUUUUAUUGAACGCAAAAAAGCAUACAGAUAAGAACUUUAGGAUCCCAUUGGCGUAUUUCCCUUCUCUUAGUGAUUACCCGUUUUUCUUAGCAUUUAGCAGCUAUGAUUCCGCAUGCCUAGUGCCUCAUCUGGAGUGCAACCCUCAAGUAAACCUCGUAUUUCCUUAAAAGAGAUACAAGAUCUGUGGGUUUUGUUUUGAUUCCCUUUGAUUAUUUUCUAGGUUAUCAUAAGUGAACUGUAUAUGUAAUCAGAUGCUAAAGGGUCAAUCAACUUGUGAGAUUUUCCUUGCUACAUUUCUUCCUUCUUACAUAAACCAGAAACACGUAUUGUAAGAGUGUCAGGAUCUUUUAUCUUCUCCAAAACCCUCAAAUUAUAUCUUAGAGCUGCGAGAGAAUUCUCGUCUCACCCCCUCCACACUAAAACCCAUGCCAGGGAGAUACAGGCACACCUGAUAAGACGCUAUCCUGCAGCGUGACUCCCUUGCUGCCCUUGCUGCCUCCCACUUCUGUUUCUGUUGCAAGAGCUUCAGCUGGUUCCAUCCCUCAGAGAGUCAACUCUCCCUGCCCACACACAUCUCCCUUCUCGUGGGCAGGCAGUCUUCUGGCAGUCAAGGCCACACAUGAAAUUAUUAUGCACAGGAGCUUUUUUUUUUUUUUUAAGUGUGUGUACAGUCUCAUUAUUAGUGAUAAUAUUGGAAGGGAAAGAUUUACCUUCUCACAAGGUUUGCCCUGCCUAUGGGAGAUGUCUUGCCCAGGAAGUAGCCUGGACUUAAUACACAGAGUGAUGGAAACUUAGUGUAUGACAGAGUGGGUGGCAGAAAUUAAGCAAUGAAUAUAUUUGAAUAACAUUUUCUCUUAAGAAUAAGCCGAAAUGCAUGGUAGCUUUGAUUUAUGAAACCAUACUUGUGUUAAGAGUGGAAAAAGCUAUUUGUAUCAGUGCUUGUGCCUAUAGUUUAAAUAAGGUGCAUUAACAGGUCAGAUUGUACCUGAAAAUGAAUCGAUAUUUACCUGAAGAAAAAAAAAAGGUCUUUACUGAAGCAUUUUAAAGGGACAAUUUAAAAUUCCUCUUUGUAAGUGAUGACGGAAAUAGUUGUUUGUACCUAAUUGAUAAUAGUCAUUACUGAUGUGCAGAUGAUAGACGUUACGAUAGUUUACAGCUGUAAGGUCCAUUGUAGUAAGUGCAGUGUAAUGUUCAAGGCUGCAAUAAAUUUCAGA